CAGACAUGUACCUAAGGGACUGUUCAAACUUGAGCUGAAACUCAUAAUACAUUGCAAUCUUGAAGCAGUAUCGAAUCGCCAGCGGAAGCAGUUCCUUGGGUGGCUGUGGGCGAUGCUGCUUCCCCCCCGUCAUUCUCCUCUUGGCUCCGUCGGACAGAGUUGCAAGCUUGUCUUUUGUCCGCCGAGUAUAAUCCUGAUAGUACGUUAGACUUGAGUCUCUGACGGAUCUGUGAAGCCUCUUGAGUGCAACGCUAGUGGGGAAGCCAUCUGUUCCUGACAAGUCCUUGCCAGCCCUGAGGAGGGUGACUUGAUGAGAAUCUUGUUGUUGGCUGUUGAGGGUCAUGAUAGUUUCGAUUUGUCGUGAGAUAUCUACUCCCCAUUGCUGGGCUUGGCUGGCCAUGAUUUUGUCAUCCACUAAUACGACAAUAUGGAUUUUGCAGGAUCGUUUGGGGGCCAAGUGUCUGUGGAGGCUUUUGACAGUGUUGAGUAAUCGAGUGUCUUGGACUCCCUGAUUGUUCAAGGAGAAUUUGACGACCACCAUGACGACACUGGGAAGCGAAGAGACAUGUUUUUGUAGCCACCGAGCCGGGAGUAUGCCUAGAAUUGGACGGUCCGUGAAGAUUUCUUUUGCCUUUUUCGCUGAUGUUUUGGCUUGGCGGAGCGCCGAAGUAAUGUUUUGCGUGCCCUCUGGAUCUUUGGACGUAGGAAAUGCGUGGUCCGGCUGAAUUGCUUGAAUUCUGGCUCUCUGAAAGAAGCCCUGACCUUGCUGCAAUGCUUUGGCAUAGCUAGUAUUGCUGGUACUGUGUGUGCCGCCUGAUGCAAGUGACCUUCGUGUGAGACCAAAUCCUGCAUAUAGUCGAAGCGAAUUGGCGCCCGAGGAAGUUCGUCUCUUGAUGCUGUUGGCAGCGCCUGGAAGCCCUGUAGAAACGUCGGUAUCAUCCAUGAGCAAAUCAUCAUCUGUGGAGUCUCCAAGGUCGUAAUCAUCUGGUCGAAACAUAGAUACAUUGCGACUGCUGGUUGGAGUUUCAAUGGGGACGAUGGGCUGGAAUUCCAAUUGAACAUUGCUGUCUUCCGCGUCGUCCUCGUCGGCCAAAGAUCCAGCUACAGCAUCCAGAAAACGAUCAAAAUCAGUUCUGGAUGGAGGUGAUUCAGCGUUGCUGUCGUCGGCUGCUGCAGGUUCAACAAUGGCAUUGACAGCGAAUACCAAAGGGAAGACUCCCACAAGAAGAUCUUCCGGGUAGGAUUCCAUUAUGAUAUAAUAAAAAGGACGUCCAAACUCCUUCAAAGCACCUGCUGAUCUGAUGAGGCAAUGUCUUCACUGCUCAAUAGCUGAUGGAAUGAGGCAAUGCCUACCGUAUAGCCGGCUAGCUGGGUGGUAUUACCUAUAUAUCUGUACAAGGGAAGAGGGAGAGUCGACGGUCGACGACGGUAACGGUACUGUACAGUCGUACAUGUAUCCUUUGGACGGUGCCCAUGGUGAUAUCCUUCCUUCUUCGAUAAUCUAAGAUUAGGGUUAGGGGUCUUUAACGCGCCAAAAUCAUCGAUGCAAGCUUCGGGCCGUCAUUUAUUUUCCCUUCAAAACCAAAUAAAUUGCCAACAAAGAAGGGACUUCCUCCAACCCAUCACCAGCUACUGUACCGGUACCGUACGCCAAGUCCUGGUCCCUCACAGCAGCACUACGACGGCCACAACGGCACACUCCAAACCUUCAACUGCCACUUUCCUGUCUAGCUCCCACUCCAGCCACGCAAAUUGCGAACACCUCCGAUCCCAAACAAAACAACCAAAUGGCGACAGCAGCCGAAGAGAUCUCCAAUGCUCUGACGAGCCUUCAGCCCAUCAGAGACCUCGCCAAGAAUUGGGACAUUGACAUUGCAGCAUGUCUGGAAGAAUUUCUGCACGAUCUAGCCAGUGGCCUUGAUGAUCUAGACCAUCCCCAUGCAAAUGCCGACACUCUCAACUUUUCACAGGCAGCAAUGGUGCUCCACAAUUCCUCUAAUGUCUACAGCCGAAAGGUGGAGUAUCUCUACAACCUUGUCCUGCAAGUGUAUGAGGACUUGAGAAAGAAUGCUGGCAGCAAAAAGAACAAAGAUAGUGCCAAAAAGACGGCCGCUGACGUUGAACUGGAAGAGUUUACGACCUUUGAUCCACAAGUACAAUUUUUGCUUCUGGACGACGUGUUGCCGACAGAUGACACUGGAAAAUCCAUCAAUCUACAAAAAGAAACCAACGACAAUGGUCCAAGGGAAAUGGGAACCAGUUUUGCGACGGCUCGUUCCACCACGCGGUUGUCGUUGGGAGCCACCUUUGCCACAGAACGAAGUGGUUCCUCAGGACACAGCAUGGCAAAUCGAUUUGGCUUUGGGUCCAUCCAAAAUGCCGGAAGGCUCCGACUUAUUGAUGGAAAAUGCGACCUUGGACAAGACGGAAUAUUAAUUGUUCCGGGGGCUGGUGGAACACUUAUUGCAGGAGACAGACAUGCAAGACGCAGCAGUUUCCUACCAAGCCCUUUGCGAGACGACAAUAAUCACGACACCCAGGAUACUGCACCCAAGAUGGACUUUGAGGACAACCAAUCCACUAGCGGUGGUGUUAUGGAUUUUGGUUUUGAUGAUGGCGAUGAUGUUGGUGGAGGAGGUUUUGCGCUUGCGGAUGACGACAACGGCAGUGUGGGAGCGGCAGAAAACACUGAAAACAACAAUCCGCAGACAAAAGCCACCACGGAACCAAGCGAUGUGCCCAACGGACAAAAGCCAAAAGUGGAUGACCCUUGGGCUCUCUUAGAUCCUCACUUUCAGGACCCGUCGGGACCCAAGCGGCGGCCUCUUCGAAUUGCCAACACUUCCAGGUUGCCGCCGGGAGUGACUGAAUAUCCGUCACAACUUGUAACUGGAGCGAGGACGAAGAAACCACCGCGUCAAGCAAAGGCCAGCAAGCUACCCUCCCAGAAGGCCAGAUGCAUCAAACGACCGUACGUGGUGGAAGCCCUUCGAGCGAAACUGGCAGCUCACAGGGACCUUUCCAAUGACAAUGUGCCUACGGCGCCAGAAAUCCCGCUUCACGGACUUGUGUACGGCGACGAAUUCGCCUACAUUGCGAAGGAAAUGUCACGAAGAAAAGCCAAAUUGAGAAAGGCAGAAAGAGCACGCUCCAACAAAGCGGAUGCCUACUACUUCCAAGAUGACGAUGAUGACGACGAUGGUGAUGCUGGUGGACACUUCUUUGGAAACAACAACGACGACGGGUAUGGAUCCCCUGACCUUGGCGGAGGAGAUGAUGGCAUGUUCGUCAACGAUGACGGAGACGACGCUUUUGACGGCGCGGGCGUGGACUUGGCAGAGAGCAUGUCCAUGACGGAGAGUACAGACGGAAAUGUGGGAACGAAGACAUUCGAAGAACUUUGCCGAGCCCACGUUCAAGAGUUUGCACGAACGGCUUCCGCAUAUGCCAACGAAACGCGGCUAUCAAAGCGAGUCGGAGAAUGGCAUGAAAGAUUGGUCCCUAUUCUGGAACUCGAGGAAAACCGACACGAGUUCGACAUUCAUCAAUACACGCAGCGAGUCGUUGACACUAUCUUGGACGCUGGCGACAGAAAGGGAGAGUCCAAUGACAAAGCCGCGAAACUAGUUGACUUCCAUGAGGCAACUCGCAACUGUCCUCGCUACGAGGUUUGCCGUUUGUUUCUUGCGUCAUUGAGUCUCGCGAAUUCUGGGAACAUCCGGCUGCAUCACAAUCACGGAGACCCUGACCUGCACAUUGAACUUGUCGAGAGUGAGAUUACAAACCCCAUGGAAGCAUACUUUGCUCCUAGCGUUCUGCAGGAGGACUGACCUGGAUGAAACGGGGUCGCCAGCUGGAAGGGAUAGCAUAAAUUCAUUGGAUGCAUGAUGUAUUGGGAUUCUUACUUUUGCUGCCACGGAUGCUGAAUCCAAAGCUGGAAUGUUUCUGUGUGCAGGCUACGUAAGGAGGUAGUGUAAAAUGUUGGUCAUAGUGGAGGCCGCAAGAUAUAUAUGGAUUAGGAAUUAGGAUGGGCUCAUUCUGCCCAGCAAUAGAUAGGUAGUAUACGGUACCGGUAGCUGAUGGCCAAUACAG